AUGCCGCUUUUGCUGCUAAACCGGGCGACAUUACGACACUCCAAAGGUCGCCGACGGUCAGUGAGUUAAAAUUUAUUUCUACAGUUGAUGUUCGGUUUUUCAGCGUUCUUCAGACUUUUUUCGCAUAAAAUUAUAUAUUUUCGGGUCCGCAAUUUAUUUCUGCGCAUUUUGCGACCUAGAACAUCACGAAAUAUCAAGUUUUGAAAAAGUUACGUCAUUUUUCACGUCGAUUUAGUGAAAUUCUGGCUUUUCAGAAAGAAAAUAAGUUUUUGCGCUCUUUAUGAACUUUAUUGAAGCGAAUUCCGUGCUAAAGUUGCAGGUCUUCGAAAUAUUCUAAGAACUAUCGUCUUUUCUCUCAUUUUCCUUCAGCGUUCGCUAUUUCACCCAAUUUCCCCCUGUUUUCAGAUGGCCUCCGAGCAGAACAUCCAGACGUUCCGCGACUUUUUGACCCAGUACAACACGGUCGCCGAGCAGUGCUUCAAUUCAUGCGUCAACGAGUUCGGAAGUCGGACAGUGACCGGAAAAGAGGAGUCGUGCGCCAACAACUGUCUCGACAAAUUUCUCAAGGUAAAUUUUACAAAAAAAAGUGUUAGAAAACGUGGAGAAACUGCUGUAUUUCGCGAGAAAUCAUCGACUUUUCGCCUUUUUCCAUGCAUCUCCGGCAAUUUUCAAUUUUCAGAUGACACAACGGGUCUCGCAACGAUUCCAGGAGCAUCAGCUACUCAACGCACAAGCCAACGGAGCCGCCAUGUGA